GUGACUUUUCAGAGUCUGAAGAAAGAAUAUCUCACCUGUGAUUGGAUUUUCAGGAUCGGAGAAUGGGCGAUGCCGAGAUGGAGACUUUCGGGGUGGCUGCCCCGUACCUUCGGAAGCCGGAGCGGGAGAGGAUCGCGGCGCAGAACAAGCCGUUCGACGCCAAGACGGCCUGCUACGUGGCCGACCCCAAGGUGGAGUACGUGAAGGGCAAGAUCAAGAGCCAUGACAACAGCUCCGUCACCGUGGAAACGGAGGAUGGAAGGGUUGUCACGGUGAAGGCCGAUGACAUCCGGCCCAUGAACCCCCCCAAAUUUGACAAGAUCGAGGACAUGGCCAUGCUUACGCACCUGCACGAGCCCGCCGUCCUCUUCAACCUCAAGGACCGCUACGCCGCUUGGAUGAUAUACACCUACUCCGGGCUGUUCUGUGUGACCGUGAACCCCUACAAGUGGCUCCCGGUGUACAACCCCGAGGUGGUGGCGGGGUACAGGGGCAAGAAGAGACAGGAGGUCCCCCCCCACAUCUUCUCAAUCUCUGAUAAUGCCUAUCAGUUCAUGCUCACCGAUCGUGAGAAUCAGUCUAUCCUGAUCACCGGAGAAUCCGGCGCAGGGAAGACGGUGAACACGAAGCGGGUCAUCCAGUACUUUGCGACAAUCGCUAUUGGAGACCCCAAGAAGAAGAAGGAGCUGCCACCGGGAAAAAUGCAGGGAACCCUGGAAGAUCAAAUAAUUUCGGCCAACCCCCUGCUGGAGGCUUUUGGUAAUGCCAAAACUGUGAGGAACGACAACUCAUCUCGCUUUGGUAAAUUCAUCCGAAUCCACUUUGGAACAAAGGGGAAGCUGUCUUCAGCUGACAUUGAGACUUAUCUUCUUGAAAAGUCCAGAGUGACGUUUCAAUUGCCAGCAGAGAGAAGUUAUCACAUCUUCUAUCAGAUCCUGUCCAAUAAGAAGCCAGAGCUGAUUGAGAUGACGCUGCUCACCACCAAUCCGUACGACUAUCCCUUCAUCAGCCAGGGGGAGAUCACGGUGCUGAGCAUCAACGACACAGAGGAGCUGAUGGCCACUGACAGUGCCAUAGAUAUCCUGGGCUUCAACGCUGAGGAGAAGAUCGGUAUCUACAAGCUGACCGGCGCUGUGAUGCAUCAUGGGAACAUGAAGUUCAAGCAGAAGCAGCGGGAGGAGCAGGCCGAGCCCGACGGCACUGAGGUGGCUGACAAAGUGGCUUACCUCAUGGGGCUGAACUCGGCUGACCUGCUGAAAGCUCUGUGCUACCCCAGAGUGAAGGUGGGGAACGAGUACGUGACCAAGGGCCAGACCGUGCAGCAGGUUUAUAAUUCCAUGGGCGCCCUCUCGAAAGCGGUUUAUGAAAAGCUGUUUUUGUGGAUGGUGACUCGGAUAAACCAGCAGCUGGACACAAAGCUGCCCAGGCAGCAUUUCAUCGGCGUGCUGGACAUCGCCGGGUUCGAGAUCUUUGAGAUGAACAGCCUGGAGCAGCUGUGCAUCAACUUCACCAAUGAGAAACUGCAACAGUUUUUCAACCACCACAUGUUUGUGCUGGAACAAGAGGAGUACAAGAAGGAAGGGAUUGAAUGGGAGUUCAUCGACUUCGGCAUGGACCUCGCUGCCUGCAUUGAGCUUAUUGAGAAGCCAAUGGGCAUCUUCUCCAUCCUGGAAGAGGAGUGCAUGUUUCCGAAGGCGACAGACACCUCUUUCAAGAACAAGCUUUACGACCAGCACCUCGGCAAGAACAGCAACUUCCAGAAGCCCAAGCCCACCAAAGGCAAGGCUGAGGCCCACUUCUCCCUGGUGCACUACGCCGGCACGGUGGACUACAACAUCGCCAGCUGGCUGGAGAAGAACAAGGACCCGCUCAACGACACCGUGGUGCAGCUCUACCAGAAGGCGGGGCUAAAGCUGCUGUCUCAACUGUUCGCCACCUAUGCUUCAGUCGAUGCGGAUGGAAUCAAGAAAGGUGGAAAGAAGAAAGGUUCCUCUUUCCAGACGGUGUCUGCACUUUUCCGGGAGAACCUGAACAAGCUGAUGGCCAACCUCAGGUCCACCCACCCUCACUUUGUGCGCUGCAUCAUUCCAAACGAAACUAAAAUGCCGGGCUCCAUGGACCACCAUCUUGUCCUGCACCAGCUGCGCUGUAACGGUGUGCUGGAGGGGAUCAGGAUCUGCAGGAAGGGCUUCCCCAGCAGGAUCCUCUACGGCGACUUCAAGCAGAGAUACAGGAUCCUGAAUGCGAGUGCUAUCCCAGAGGGACAGUUCAUCGACAGCAAAAAGGCCUCAGAGAAAUUACUCUCCUCCAUCGAUGUGGACCACGCUCAGUACAAAUUUGGAUACACAAAGGUGUUCUUCAAAGCCGGGCUCCUUGGUCUGCUGGAGGAGAUGAGAGACGAGCGCCUGGCGGUGCUAAUGACCCGCCUCCAGGCCGUUUCCCGCGGUUACGUCACUCGUCUGAAAUUCAAGGAGAUGACCCAGAAAAGGGAGUCCAUAUUCAUCAUCCAGUACAACAUCCGCUCGUUCAUGAACGUGAAGAACUGGCCGUGGAUGAGGCUCUUCUUCAAGAUCAAGCCCCUGCUGCGCAGCGCCGAGGCGGAGAAGGAGAUGCAGACCAUGAAGGAGGAGUUCGUCAAGCUCAAGGAGGAGUUCGCCAAGUCCGAGGCCCGGAGGAAGGAGCUGGAGGAGAAGAUGGUGGUCCUGGUCCAGGAGAAGAACGACCUCUUCCUGCAGAUUCAGGCGGAGAGAGAGAACCUAUCGGACGCGGAGGAGCGCUGUGAGGGUUUGAUAAAGAGCAAGAUCCACCUGGAGGCCAAGAUGAAGGAGUUCUCCGAGCGGCUGGAGGAAGAGGAGGAGAUGAAUGCGGAAAUAACCGCGAGGAAGAGGAAGCUGGAGGACGAGUGCUCGGAGCUGAAGAAGGACAUCGACGACCUGGAGCUCACCAUCGCCAAAGUGGAGAAGGAGAAACAUGCCGCAGAAAACAAGGUGAAAAAUCUGAUAGAGGAGUUGACCACCUUGGAGGACUCCCUUCUGAAAUCGACCAAGGAGAACAAGGCUCUCCAGGAGGUCCACCAGCAGACCCUGGAUGACCUGCAGGCCGAGGAGGACAAAGCCAACGUGCUGACCAAGACCAAGGCCAAGCUGGAGCAACAGGUCGACGAUCUGGAGGGGGGUUUGGAACAGGAGAAGAAGAUUCGGGCGGACCUGGAAAGGACCAGAAGAAAGCUGGAGGGAGACCUCAAGCUGUCCCAGGAGGCCAUAAUGGACCUGGAGAACGAGAGGCAGCAAAUGGACGAGAAACUGAAGAAGAAGGAUUUUGAUCUCAGCCAGCUGCAGGGGAAGGUGGAGGACGAGCAAAAUCUGAGCUCACAGCUUCUGAAGAAAAUGAAAGAACUUCAGGCCCGCAUUGAGGAGCUGGAGGAGGAGAUCGAGGCCGAGCGUGCUGCUCGGGCCAAGGUGGAGAAGCAGAGAGCCGAGCUCUGCAGGGAGCUUGAGGAGAUCAGCGAGAGGCUCGAAGAGGCCGGCGGCGCGACCGCCGCUCAGGUCGAGAUGAACAAGAAGCGCGAGACGGAGUUCCAGAAGCUGCGCCGGGACCUGGAGGAGUCCACCCUGCAGCACGAAACCACCGCCAUCGCCCUACGCAAGAAGCAGGCCGACAGCGUGGCUGAGCUGGGAGAGCAAAUCGACAACCUUCAGCGCGUCAAGCAGAAGCUGGAGAAGGAGAAGAGUGAAUACAAACUGGAAAUCGAUGAUCUCACGAGCAACAUGGAGGGAGUUCUGAAAAACAAGGCUAACCUGGAGAAACUGUGCCGUAGUCUUGACGACCAAAAUAGCGAGUUCAAGGCAAAAGCUGAGGAGGCCCAGAGGGCACUGAAUGACUUCACUACCCACAAUGCUCGCCUGCAGACCGAAAAUGGUGAAGUCACACGUCAGCUCGAGGAGAAGGAGGUGAUGGUCACCCACCUCAACCGGAGCAAAGCGCAGCAGGCCCAACAGAUCGAAGAGCUGAAGAGACUCUUAGAGGAGGAGAUAAAGGCCAAGAACGCCCUGGCCCACGGUCUGCAGUCGGCCCGCCAUGACUGUGACCUGCUGAGGGAGCAGUUUGAGGAGGAGCAGGAGGCCAAGGCCGAGCUGCAGCGUGGAAUGUCCAAGGCCAACAGCGAGGUGGCUCAGUGGAGAACCAAAUACGAAACCGACGCCAUCCAGCGCACCGAGGAGCUGGAGGAGGCCAAGAAGAAGCUGGCUCAGCGUCUGCAGGAUUCUGAGGAGCAGACGGAGGCGGCCAACUCCAAGUGCGCCUCCCUGGAGAAGACCAAGCAGAGGCUGCAGGCCGAGGUGGAGGACCUCAUGAUCGAGGCUGAGAGGGCGAACGCGGCCACCGCCGCCCUGGACAAGAAGCAGAGGAACUUCGACAAGGUCCUCGUUGAGUGGAAGCAGAAGUACGAGGAGAGCCAAUCGGAGCUCGAGUGCUCCCAGCGAGAGUCCAGGGCCCUGAGCACCGAGCUGUUCAAGCUGAAGAACUCCUACGAGGAGGCCCUCGACCACCUGGAGACCAUCAAGAGAGAGAACAAGAACCUGCAGCAGGAGAUCGGUGAGGUGUCCGGACAGGUCGCCGAUUCCGCGAAGACGAUUCACGAGCUGGAGAAAACGGUCAAACAAGCCGAACAGGAGAAGCUAGAUGCCCAGAGUGCUCUUGAGGAGGCUGAGUCUUCUCUGGAGCAGGAGGAGGCCAAAAUCCUGCACAUCCAGCUGGAGCUGAACCAGGUGAAGUCGGAGGUGGACCGCAAGGUGGCGGAGAAGGAGGAGGAGAUGGACCUGCUGAAGAGGAACUACCAGCGGACGGUGGACGCGCUGCAGAACACGCUGGACGCCGAGACGCGGAGCCGGAACGACGCGGUGCGGGUCAAGAAGAAGAUGGAGGGCGACCUCAACGAAAUGGAGAUCCAGCUGGGCCACGCCAACCGCCAGUCUGCCGAGGCGCACAGAAACCUGCGCCUGGUCCAGGGCCAGCUCAAGGAUGCCCAGAUGCAUUUGGACGAAGCCCUCCACGGGCAGGAGGACCUGAAGGAGCAGCUGGCAAUCGCGGAGCGGAGGAACGCCCUGAUGACGACGGAGAUGGAGGAGACCCGGGCCGCUCUGGAGCAGUCGGAGAGGGGGCGCAAGCUGGCCGAGCAGGAGCUGGUGGACACGAGCGAGAGGAUGCAGCUCCUGCACUCCCAGAACAUCAGUCUCAUGAACUCGAAGAAGAAGAUGGAGGUUGACAUCUCGCAGCUGCAGUCAGACAUCGAGGACGCCGCCCAGGAAGCAAGAAACGCGGACGAAAAAGCAAAGAAGGCCAUCGUCGACGCGGCCAUGAUGGCAGAGGAGCUGAAGAAGGAGCAGGACACCAGCGCUCACCUGGAGAGGAUGAAGAAGAACCUGGAAGUCACGGUCAAAGACCUGCAGCACCGCCUGGACGAGGCCGAGAGUCUGGCCUUGAAGGGCGGGAAGAAGCAGCUCCAGAAACUGGAGAGCCGGGUUCGAGAGCUGGAGAACGAGCUGGAGGCGGAGCAGAAACGUGGGGCGGAGACAAUGAAAGGGGUUCGAAAGUACGAGAGGAAAGUGAAGGAGCUCACGUUCCAGGCUGAGGAAGACAAGAAGAACGUGGCGGGACUGCAGGACCUGGUCGGCAAGCUACAGCUGAAGGUGAAAGCCUACAAGAAGCAGUGUGAGGAGGCGGAGGAGCAAGCUAACUGCCACCUGGCCAAGUUCAGGAAGGUGCAGCACGAGCUGGAGGAGGCGGAGGAAAGAGCCGACAUCGCAGAGUCCCAGGUCAACAAGCUGAGGGCCAAGAGCCGCGAUGUCGGUGGGAAGGUGGAGGAGUAGCGGGGGCUGGAGGUCACCAGAGGUCGCCAGAGGUCACUGAAGGUCACUCGUGUCACAUGGUAUCGGAAUACUCCGCACUUCGGGAAUUCAAAAAACGAUAUUCCGUUUCUUGGAAACGCCUCGAGUAUUCACCUCCACAGGGUUUUUUUUGUCAAAAUAUUUACCCAAAAUAAGGGCUGCUGUUUUGGUAUUUGAGGUGGAAAUCAAAAAACAGUGUUAAAUAUCAGAUUAAAUAUAUUGUAUUAUUACCCCAAGUAGUUUAAUAGGCUUAUGUGUGUCUGCAAUAGAAGGCUUACUCAUUAACAUAUUCAUACUGUACAUGUAUACUUCCUUACUUACAUUUAAGAGUGCGUAUUUUAUGUGUGAAUGUAGGGAGGUGGGUAGACCUGUGGAACAGCAACAGAUCACAUGACUGAUGCACCUUGGGAAGUAUUAACCCUUCCUGCUCACUGGUUCACUCAUGCCUCUACCUACCUGGGAUUUGGCCUUUUCAUUUUUUGUUCAUUAUAAAAUCAUGAUGCUUGUUCCAGUAGUCAGCAUUAUAUAUAUAAAGUCAGAGGUUUGCAUGGGCCAGCCAGUAUGAUUAUGAUUUCAUUAUUUAAUACAGAUAAAGCAUUACAAUGAUACUGUCCAAUGCAGUGUUCUGUUCCUGUACACGAAAGGAUAUUUAGGAAGCUGUAUGAAAGUCAAACAUCACCAUGAUUAGAGAGUACUCUGGUCACAAUUACCUUAAUUUGCUACAUAUCUUUAGUUUAUUGACCACAGUGGCUCACCGUGCAGUUAUGUCAAAAAUAUGAAAUACAAGCAAAAGCUACAUUCGAUAUUCACAAUUGUAUCUCGGAAAUGAAUCAGGUUGAGCUCACCAGCUGUUGUAUAACUCUACUUUUAUUUUCAUGGAGGAAAGAUGAACCUUUCAGCCAAUAAACAUUAAAAACAUAAAGAACCAAGAGCAGUAAUUUGUGUGUCAUGUUACUAACCAAAUAGAUUAAUAAUUCCC